AUGCGGGCCAUCGAGCGAUACAUGCAGAACGUGGUGGAGUUCCGCGAGAAGCUCAGCGUCGGCAUCCAUGUUACCGCCGGCCAGCCCGGACGGGCCCCCGAGCUGUUGAGUAUCCGUCAUCGCAACACCGAAGGGGCCCACCGCAAUGUAUUCAUCGAGGACGGGCUCGUCGUGUUCGCCACGAAGUACCACAAGGGGUUUUAUGCGAGCAACGACGCGAAGAUCAUCCAUCGGUAUUUGCCGCGCGCCGUCGGCGAGCUGGUCGUGUGGUAUCUGUGGUUGGUGUUGCCAUUCGUCGAACGAUUGCAGGCGUUGCAGCAGCAGGUCCAGGGCACCAGCGAGGAGACCAUCCAGACCAUGCAAAUGCCAUUGAAACGGGAGACGACCGCCGGCUUGAAGGGACGCGCGUUGAAUUUGCUCGCGUACCGGAACAUCGCGAUUGGCAUCAGCCGGCGGUAUUUACGGUGGUCCAGUGCAUUCCCCGACAACGUCCAGAGUGAGCGAAGUGCCGAGACGCCCAUAGACGAAGAUCAUGAACCGGGGAUGGACUACGACCAGUUCAUGGGCCACAUCGCGGACUUACAGGCGGCGCAUUCAUCGCACUUGGCGGGGAUGAUUUACGGCCGCGAGAUCACCGAGCAGGCCGGGACGACGGCGCACCGACGGGAGAUGUUCCGAUUGUCGAGCACGGAUUGGCACCGGUUUUUAGGGUUCGAGAGCGCGGAGGACGCACUAGGACGGGUGCUGGGGAAGCGCAAGGCCGGGCCGUGGGAGAGCGAGGCCGACGAGCGGCGACGGCAGCGCCAGUAG